AUGGUGGGGGAUAACGAGGAGAACUCGCCCUCACACGAGGAGGAGGACGACGAAGAUGAUCCAGUUAGCCUAGCUAGCAUUCUCCGGGAGCUCAAAGACUUUAGACACAAAAACAAGGAACAAUUUUCUGAAAUUCAAAGAAACCAACAACAGACGGACGUCAGAGUGACACAAGCCGAAGCACGAAUUGAUGAAGUGGAAACGGCGCUGGGAGCAACAUCGACGCUCAUAAAGCAACUGCUAGCGCGGCAAGACACCAUGGAGGCUAAGCUCACUGACCAGGAGGCCCGCGCACGGAGAGAUAACCUCCGCAUAUACGGCAUCCCAGAGGAAGCGGAGGGCACUAAUAUUAUUGUUUUUCUGGAAAAUAUGCUUCGUGAUUCUCUCGCUUUUCCGCCUGAAACUGAUUUAAAGAUAGAAAGGGCACAUCGAGCCCUGGCCCCGAAACCUGCUGGAGGACAGACACGGCCACGCUCAAUCAUAGCCAAGUUUUCCAGCUACAGGGUCAAGGAAGUAGUUAUAAGGAUUGCCUGGCAGAAGAAACAAGUGAUGUACAAGGACACGCGAUUCUACGUUGACCAUGAUUACCCUCCGCUGAUUCUAAAGAAACGCACCGAAUACAACCAGGCCAAAAGAAGCGCGGCGGAGGCGACAGUGGACAUGUCUGCAAGAGGACUCCCGGUGACCGUGAUCCCGUCUACCGUCGAUCCCUACCAGCGCGAGUUACAGCGGCUCUCAUCGUGGCAGGCGACCCCCGGAGACCGAACCAGCACACCCCCUCCUUCAGGCACCGGACCGACUCUGACAAGCCGGCUCAUUCAAAGACCGUUUAUUGAAAAGCUGCGGGAAUUCAGGCGAAAUCCACCUACAGAUAAGUGA